AUGGAGGAUGAGGAAGAGCCUGAAGAGGAAGAGAAGGAGGACGCGGAUGAGGUGAGGAGGAACAGGAGGAGGCUCUUCGGCUCUGUACUGAAGACCGUUUGUGGCUUUGCAGCUGUCUGUCUCAGGAGCAUGACGGCGCCGCCGAGGGCUGCUUAUUCUACUUUUGAGCCUCGUGCAGAGAUGGAAGUAAUCGGUUACUAUGAUACCAUUGAAGACCGCAGAGUUUUGUCUGGCGUUGAACCUGGAUAUCUGAAGAAUCUCCUCCCAGAUGGCCCUCCUGUCGAUGGGGAAGUAUGGGCUGAGAUUCAGAAGGACAUCGAGUCGAAAAUUAUACCUGGUAUAACACAUUGGCAAUCGCCCAACUUCCUCGCCUUCUUUCCCGCAAACUCAAGCUACCCAGGAAUCCUCGGCGAACUGUAUUCAGCAGCUUUUACCUCUGCAAAUUUCAACUGGUUGUGCUCUCCAGCUGCAACAGAGCUGGAGACAAUCGUUCUUGACUGGUUAUGCAAGCUUCUCAAUCUCCCCGAAUGCUAUCUUUCAACGUCUCCCAAUGGUGGUGGGGGUGUCAUCCAGGGUUCUGCUUCAGAAGCGAUUGUUACGGUUGUUGUUACGGCUCGGGACAGAUAUCUUAAAAUGUUAUCUGCAGGGGCUAAGACGGAAGAAAAGAAGGAGGAAAUAAUUGACGCCCACCGAGAUAAGCUCGUGGCGAUUUUUAGUGAUCAAGCGCACUCGUCAACACAGAAGGGCUGCCAAAUCGCUGGUGUCAAACAUCGCUCAAUUAAGGUAGCUGGUUCUCCAAUAUCAAACUAUUCUCUCACUGGUCCAUUAUUGCGUCAAAAACUCGAGGAGCUCAAGGAACAGGGCUUGGAGCCCUUCUACCUAACACUUACACUCGGAACUACUUCAACCUGUGCGGUUGAUAAUUUUGCAGAGAUCAUAGAGGUUUUGAAAGAUUAUCCACAAAUCUGGGUCCACGUUGACGCUGCGUAUGCUGGAGCUGCGCUGAUAUGUGAAGAAUUUCAACACCUCACAGCUGGGUUUGAGAACUUCGACUCGUUCGACAUGAACAUGCAUAAAUGGCUGCUCACAAAUUUCGAUUGCAGUUGCCUGUAUGUGAAAGAACGCGAGCACCUCUUUGAUGCUCUUUCAAUAACUCCCGCUUAUCUUCGCAACCCCUUCACUGCUUCCGGUCGUGUUACCGACUAUCGUGACUGGCAGAUUCCGCUCGGACGUCGUUUCCGUGCCCUGAAGAUUUGGUUUGUGAUGCGAACAUAUGGAGUGUCCGGUCUCCAACACCAUGUUCGCAAUAUUAUUUCCAUUGGCGAGCACUUUACCUCGCUUAUCAAAUCCCGGUCAGAUCUAUUCACUAUCAUUGCACCCCCGGCAUUUGCUUUGACCGUAUUUGUGGUCAACCCUGUGAAUGGCGGUGGGGCAGAGGAGAGGAAUAAGCUUACAAAGACUGUUUAUGAAUCUGUAAACGAAGAGGGCAAGAUCUUUAUCACAAGUGGUGUUGUAGAUGACAUCUACAUGAUACGUGUGGUGGGGGCUAGCCCCAAGACAAGGAAAGAGCACUUAGAAAGGGCGUUUGGAAUCAUCGUAGAGAUGGCCGAGAAGGUUAGGGGUGAGAAGGAGGAGUAUAAAAACGCUGAUGUUAGGGAAGUUAGGGAGGUCCAACUUAGGGGGCUUUAG